CUCUGUACUGCCGUUUUGCCCUCUGUUACUUCGCGCGGCUUUAGGGGAACCGAAGGGACCCCACAGCGUCUGUGUUUGCUGGUCCAGAAUGCGCCUGCGUUUUUGAGGCGAGGGUCGCUUGACAAAUAACAGGUCUCUUCGCUCCAUCCCAAGGAAUAUUUGCCUAUUUCUAGCUUUCGUUCCUGGCCUUUGUCUUCUGGAGUUUCAAAAGGCUCUGGUUUUGAGAUCUUUCGCUGUCGUCGCCGCACCAAUAAGUCUAGAUCGCAUUUUCCAGCGCACCCGGGAUCUCCGCUGUCAUGUCAGCCCAAUACGCUGUCCCUGCGACGCCACGCGUAACUUCGCCGUCACCCACCCCGUCAGAUCGUUCGAUUGCCGAAAAUGUAGAGUCCCGUCGUGUCACACGAUCUGUGUCUGCGAGACAACACCUAUCUUCACCUCCCUCCAUCUCAGAGGAAAACAAAAAGCAAAAUGAGAGAGACGAGGAAUCAAGCCCGGACUCCAAUACAGACCGCCUCGCGCGAACCCGCUCCCGCAGUCCGACUGGGCUCUCGCCAGAUAAAGCACGUCGUCGGAUAACAGGACUAACACCUGUGAAUGGGGCAUCGAUUACAGGCAUAUCGAAAGCCGAACACCUGUCAAAUGGAUAUGUCCCUGCGAAUGGCCAUCUUUCCCCAUAUUCCAGCCUUCAAAACCGCUGGCGGGAUUUCUCUCGCUCCCCUUCACCCUUAGGCCUUAUACCGCUUCAUAGACACUACAGAACGUUUAUCCAUCGCCAUGAAAUCCCGCGCAAACUACUCCAUGUUUCAAUCGGCUUUGUCACGCUUCAUCUCUACUGCCGAGGGGUGCAGACCUUGAACGUGGCUCCCUGGCUUCUAACUGCGCUGAUCCCGAUUGCUGUUACCGACUUCCUCCGCCACCGCUAUCAACCUGUAAACAAGCUCUACAUUCGGUGCCUGGGGGCCCUUAUGCGAGAAACCGAGGUGACUGGGUACAAUGGUGUGAUCUGGUACCUCCUCGGAGCAUAUAUCUCUCUUCGUUUCUUCCCGAAGGACGUUGGUGUGGUGGGUGUUUUGCUCCUGAGUUGGUGUGACACUGCAGCUUCUACCUUUGGGCGUUUGUACGGCCGAUAUACCGUUCGUCUCCGCCGGGGAAAGAGUUUGGCUGGCACUCUUGCUGCCUGGGCCACGGGAGUCGCCACUGCGGUUGCUUUCUGGGGAUAUCUUGCCCCCUGGGUCGGUUCAUUCCCUGACGAUCCUGAAAGGUCGUUCAUGUUCAACGGCACUCUCAAUCUGAUUCCAAACUUCGCUCGGGCCUACCUCGGGUGGGCCGGCAUAUCUGCAACUACCGCAGCCAAAGCAGUGGUCACUGGACCCCUGGCUUUGGGCAUCAUGAGUAUGUGGACUGGAAUAGUGGCUGCUGGCAGUGAACUCGUAGACAUCUUCGGAUGGGAUGAUAACCUUACCAUUCCUGUCCUUAGUAGUGUCGGGAUUUGGGGCUUUUUGAAAACUUUCAGAUGAUAUGGUUUAUUUUCACUUCGCCGUUUUAUACUCUCGCUCCCAUUGCAUACACCCUUGCUUUUACUCAGAUGGUUCUUGAUGAUUUCAUUUUUACGAACACUACGUUUCCAACUCUAAAGUACACUUACGAUGUUUCCCUUUAUCCCUGGCCCUAUCUCGUCUCAUUUGUUACAAGCUCAUUCUAGCGUGAUUUUGGAAUCACAUUCCGGCAUACAUUAUGUUAGCCCCAGUCACCCCAUUUUUCGAUAUCACAGAUAGAUAUGACAACACCCCUUUCCUAUCGCUCCCCUAUCAUUUAUUUAUUUAUUUAUUUAUUUUUUUUUUCAUUUCCUAUAUUCGUUCACAACACAGGCGUUUCAUGCCAUUUUUGGAUCCUCGUGCAGCCCUUCCCGACUUUGGCGUUUUGGUUGAGGUGGAUAGUAUAGUUAUUAGUUUAGGAAAUAUAUAUUAUCUAUUCUAUCU